GUCACACACCCCCACCGGCCGCAGCCACCGAGCGAGCACCGGGCCCGGCAGCAGCAGCAGCACCGCGCACACACACAGCAGGCAGCCGGUGACAGUGAGACGCAGCCGCAGCGCGGUGCGGGAGGAGGGGAGCCAGGAUGGAGCCGCCUCCCUCCCCUGUGACGGGGACAGCAGCAGCCGGAAGGGAGAACUGAGCACGGGUCAGAGUCUAUGUGACCCCGGUUCUGCCCCGUUCCCAUGGGCUCCGGAGCUCUGUCCGCCGGGCCCCCGCCGCCCCCGACCCCGCACAAGAAGAUGAAGAAGCGGAAGGAGCUGAACGCUCUGAUCGGCCUGGCCGGGGACGGCGGCAGGAAGAAGCCGAAGAAGGGUAGCGGGCACCGGCUACUGCGCACUGAGCCCCCGGCCUCCGACUCUGACACCGACACUGAAGAGGAGGAGGACGGCUACAGCUCGCUGGGGGACCGGCACUUCCGCUGCAGGAGGGUGGGGCUUCUACAGUGCUGCAAGGUCUGUUACCCCUUCUGUGGCUUUAUCGUGCUGACGGCAUGCACAGUGACUUGUAUUGGCCUCGUCUGGAUGCAAGUUGCCCUGAAGGAGAACAUUGAUACACUUAAAGAACAGUAUAAAGCAAUCGAGUCCAGUCAAAAGAAUUCGUUACAGGAGCUUCCCAAAAUAAAUGAAGAUUUGCUUGUGAAACAGAAACAUCUGGAUGAAAUUGUGAAUGGGGACCGGGGUCUAAAUAUGCUGUGGACGAACAUCACAGAGAUGAACAAGCAGAUUGCUCUUCUGACCAGUGCUGUGAAUCAGCUAAAGGCCAACCUAAAAUCUGCUUCUGAUUUGAUUAACCUUCCUAAGACCAUGGAAGAGCUUCAGAAGAGUGUGGCCAGUCUGGGCAGCACGUUAACCAGUGUCCACCAUGAUGUGGAGACCAUGCAGACUGCGGCUAAGGAGCAGAAAAGAAAAGUGGAAACACUUCAGAAGGAAGUAGCUAGCGUUUCUGUGAGUCCCUCCCCAACGGCUGCUCCAGGUGUUGGAACACACAGCCUAACACAGGUAGAAAACACUGUGGAGGGUCUGAAUGCCACCAUGCUGUAUUAUCUGAGACAGAAUGACCUGAGGCUUCACAGUGUGGACGCCACCAUCUCUAACAUAAGCCAAAGAGUCUCUGUAUUAGAGAGUAACCUGCUGCUUGUUAACAAGACUGACAGUAAGGAGAACGACUCCUUGAGUGCAGUGGAAAGUUCUACAGAUCCCAGUGUUAUUUCUCCAGUCAGUGCAAACCGAAGCGCUGCUCCUGAGAGCUCGAAGAGGGAAAAAACUCCAGCUUCAGAAAUUCAAGAGCAGCUCCAGCUCAUCCAUGCACUGACGAGUAAUCCAGACAGCGAUAAAGUGGCUGAGAAUGGGAGAACCGCAGACAGCGGUGAGAUAGUAACAGCACAGCCUCUUCUUGCAAAAAUGCAUCCAAGGUCUCUUAAAAGGAAAAGAUCAAAGCAGGCCCUGUGGUCACCGAGCAUUAUUACAGCAAGAGAUGCAGAUGAAGUUUUCAGACAGUCUCCACAAGGGGUUAAUGGAAAGCUGUCCCUUCCAGAACUGAAAAAGCUGCUUGGUCCUCGCAUGCAAGUACCGCCGUCUCUUGCGGAAUAUGAUGUAGAUGGAGAUGACCUCUUCUCCCUUACAGAACUGAAGGCUGCCAUAGGGGCAUAGUCGGAACAUUGAACACUUACUGUGACGUUAAUUGGUCCUUGGUAAUCUUGCUGCAUUCUUCCACACCUUGAGAGCUUCAAUAAUUUAUCAGCUUCAGUGGUUGUCCUACUGCAGGGAACACUUGCUAUAUAUACCAGCCACAGUGAUUGUCCUACUACAGGGAACACUUGCUAUAUAUACCAGCUACAGUGGAUUCAAGGCGUUCUGGAGCCAAACAUUUGACUGAAAGAGAAAUAAACAAUAACUUUUUUUUUUUUUUUCUUCUCCAUAGUGUGGAACAUACUCAAAGACUAAUUCUCCUUGUUUUAUAGUUUACAUAAACUUGCCUUAAGCUAGUCAGUGUAUUGCACUUUAUCCAGCAUGUUGGACGGUCUCUUCCAGCACAGUAACCCUGCAGACAGAGCAGCCUCUUCUCAUAGAUCUCUAGAUGAAUAAGUGACAGGAGAACCCUCUUCCCAUCCCCUGUCUCACCCAGCUGUAACACAACAGCAGCUGCUCCUCUGCAGCCUGUACGCUCAGGCAUUGGAACGGUCUGUUCUGUGAAUGGAUCUGUGGUGAUGUGAGAGCUCAGGACUCUGUAACAACGGCCGCCUAUGACCCGGCAGCUAUAAAGCCUCACACUGACUUUGAACUGAGCCGUUUGCAUUGUUUUUAACCUCCUUGUGUUUUAAUAGUUGUCUAUGAAGUACUACUGGCCAUUACACCUGUACUGCUAAAAUGUGGGGUCAUUAAAGUUAAAGUAGUUCUAA